CAGAUUGAGAGGCAAAUAAGCCCUCACCGCUCUAACUCAUGGAAACUCAUCAAGCACAGUCAAAACCUCAAACAAGAAAACGUGAGAAGCCAAUUCUCAGCUGUACUUUCUGCAGGGGACGCAAACUUCGAUGCGAUAGACAGUCACCGUGCGGCGCCUGCACACGGCGCGGAAAACCUACCGAAUGCAUCUUCACUUGCUCGGAACAAGAACGCAAGGAUGCCAUCGAUUACAGACCUCAUAACAGAAGUCAGAAAGCUCGCCAGAGAAUAGCUCGUCUUGAGAAUCUAGUGACAGAACUGAGAGAUAAGGCUGAGAGCUCAAACAAGUCGAUGGGCGACACAACCCAAGCAGACAAUGCCUCGAGUGGUUUUGAGCCUACUGCAUCAGGCACAUCACCAAAUGUUCGAAUGGGAAACCUGAAUCUGGCAGAUGACCAGGCUGUGUACACAGGUAGCUCACAUUGGGCCACAAUAUUGGAAGAUAUUCAACAACUCAGAGAUGAGCUCGCUGAUGAUGGCUCUGACAUUGUCAGUGAAGGGUCUUCUCCUUUUGCUAGUGGCUUGAUACAGCAGUCUCAGACAGCGAGAAUAUCUCUACUUGCUAAUGUUUCGUGUCUUCCCGUAGACCAGAUCCUAGCUUUGGUUCCUCCUCGCAAGAUAGUUGACAGAUACAUCUUUCAGUACUUCAACACUUUCGACUCAAUCAUCCUUCAUCGAGGCAAAUUCCUUGCAGAAUAUGCAAAUUUCUGGGUAAACCCCUCAGGUGCCUCUAUCAUCUGGGUCGGGUUCUUGUUCAGCAUCAUGAGUAUGGCUGUAUCGCUGCAGAAAAAGGAGGCAGGGGUCCAUGGCGUGUCCGCUUCUGAACUGCAAACAACGCUGGAUACUUACCGAACGCUCACUAUCCACUGCUUGGUUGCUGGAGAUUACCUUCGUUCCAGCGCGCACACGGUUGAGACACUCAUGUUGCACUUUGCUGUUGACCAAGAGGCCGACGCCGAUGCAAAUAUUGGAAACUGGGUUCUCAUGGGCGUUAUGAUAAGGAUAGCCAUGCGGAUGGGUCUUCAUCGUGAGCCAUCCCACUGGCCAAAUAUCCGACCUCUGCAAGCUGAGCUUCGGCGACGAGCGUGGACAGCUUUGUACAGCAUCGACUUCUUCACCAGUACUCAAAUCGGGCUCCCACGUAUUAUCAAAGAUUCCCAAUGCGACACUCGCCCGCCCUCGUAUCUUUUGGAUAGCGACAUUGGUUUUGAGCACAAUACCCUUCCGCCUGAGAGGCCACAUUCAGAACCUUCCAUGUUGGCGUUUAAUAUCCACAGGCAUGGAGUUAUCAAGGUUGCUGCUGAGAUAUACGACACAACCGAAGCAGGACCCCCUUCACCAGCUACUAUUGCGACCUUACAGGCCAAGCUCGAGAGAGCCACAGAUUCCUUGCCCGACUGGCUCAGGCUAAAGCCUCUCGAAGAGUCGAUUACGGACAGUCCAGCCACAAUCCUCAAUCGAAUGAUGCUUGAUAUCAUCACCCAGAAAGCCAUCUAUCUCCUCCAUCGACACAGUUUCGUCAGAGGGUCAGCGGGAGAAGAGAGUGUCGGAUCCAAUGAGAUAUGCAUCAAGGCCGCCUUGGCGAUCCUGGAGCACCAGCGACGCAUGAACGAAGAAACUCAACCAGGAGGCCUCAUGUACAACAUACGCUGGAGAGUUGCCGCACCACUUAGACACGAGUUCAUGCAAGCUACCAUGAUGCUGUGCUUUGCGUUGAGUAGAUACGAUGCAGGACGUGAUUUGCAUCGGCGAAGUGAUAUCUUGCGAGCUUUGAUUUUAGCAAAGGACAUCUGGGAGACGAGAUCCGACCAAUCUCUUGAAGCUCAAAGAGCUGUCAAGGCGAUAUCGGUCAUGCUUGAGCAAGAUCGGAAGAGUUCGGUGUCUGUUUCAUCACCAUCCACCGCAUUUAAUCAUUCAUCUCUGUCAUCCGCGGAGAACCACCUUGGCGGUUUUGAUAACACAUUCGGUCAAACCAUGGCAUUGGACCCGUCCUUUUUCUCAGUUGGCGAUGACAUGACAGCGUUGAGCAAGGUCAUGGAUGAGUUCAUGAAUGAUACAGCUGCAACGGGAUUGUCAAGUUCGCCUUUCCGAAACACGAGCUGACUGUCAUAGACAUUGGCAAAUAAGAAGCGAUUUGACGGAGAUUCUUGAAUCGCCACUUCCGUAUAAUCAUGAAUUAAUCAUACAUUUUCAAGAGACGAAACAAGACUCAACCGGAAAUGAUGCUAGAGUGAAGAAUGCACAUCCUCAACUAAAGAAGCUCCAUCGGCAACGAGUUGAGAGUGGGUUGCCUCGCCC